AUGCGAAAGUCAAAUAACAAAAAAAGCACUAAAGGAAUCUCAGUCGCGGAAAUAUUUAAAAAAAUGAUUUAAGUUACUAUGCACUCUUAGAGAAGUGUAAGAAUAAAUUAGUAAUUUUAAUUGAUAUUACUAUUUAUUUGCAAAUUUUAGUUGAUAUUCUUUUUAUUAUACCUAGAUUUUGAAUGGCAGUAAACAAAUAAUUUAAAUAUUUAUCACUACAUCCUGCUUAUAGUAUUUAGAGUAGAUAUUUUUAUAUCGAAAUUUGAAAGUAUUUACAGUUUUGCAAACUACUUCAUUUUAAGCAUUGUAAUUAUAAAAUAUUUAUCUUGCUUAUUGAUUUCUUUUGACGAAAAAUUAUAAAAAACAAAACUUAUUAUGUAUUUAGUCAAAUCUAUUGGAUUGUAUGGGCAACUGUUUUACACUUUUUUUCACAUUUAAUUUUCGUCCUUGAGUUGCUUAUUUAUUUCUUAUUAAUAUUCAAAGAAAGAGAUAAACAAUCUUAAUUAUAUUCAUUUAUUAUUUGGAAUUUUAUGUUUUGUAAUUUUAUAAUUAGAAGCAUUAUAUCAUUUAUAAAUAAGUGAAUAAUCAAUAGGUGGUAAGAUUAUAUGUUUUGAUAGAAUAAGAAUUACAGUAAAAGAAUACAUUAUUUAAUUUUUAAACUUAAUUGUUAUUAUAUUAUUUUCAGUUGUGCAAACUUCCUAAAUGAUAUCUUGGAUAAUUCAUUUGCUUGUUUUAUUAAGUAUUUCAUUGAAUACAAUUAAUUUAUAAGAAAAUCAAACAGUUAUCGAAAACAAUAAAAAGAUUAUAAUAUACUUUUCUGAUUCUUUUAGUAUAAUCUAUGUUUUUUAUUCGCUUAUCUAAUUAAUUGUCUAAAAACAAAAAUUUCAAAUAUUGAUUUAUACAGUCUUUUCAUUUCCUAUAUUACUAAAGAUAUUGAUGAAAGUAGAUUAAUAUUUAAAUUAUGUUUUGUUUCAUUAAGCAUUUGAUAAAACAAAAAUACAAUUAUUUGCUAUUUCAUUACUACUUAUCAAAAAAUAGAAUAAAUACACUUUCCCCACUAUUUUUAAAUUGUUCAUUUACAAUCAUCAUAAAAGGAAAUGUAAUGAUAUUUAAUGUUAUUGUCAUUAAAAUAAACUUUUAAUUGACCCUAAAGAUACAGCAGUAAUUACAUCUGAAAUAGAUAAGGAUUUUGUCCAAAAAAAAUUAAAAUAAAUUAGAAAAUAUAUUAUAAAUUGCAAAUUUGAUAAUUUAGAUGAUUUAUAAUAUUAUUCAAUAUUAUAUGGAGCUUUGCUAGGAAAUAAUGGUUGGUCAAUAUAAUCUAUUAGACAUUAUAAUUAGCUUUUAUAUGGGAGAAAAAAUUAGAGGAGUUCAUAAUAAAGUAUCAACUAAACAAUUUUUAAACCAAACUCUUUUUCUGUAACUCAAAAGAAUGAUUCAUCAUCCUAAACUAUUAAUGAUGCAGAAAAAAAAUUCUAAGAAGUUUAAAUAAGUGAUCAAAAGCGAAUUUAAAAAAAUACUAUAACUUAAAUAGUUAAGUUUGAUUUUAUUUAAAUUUAAAACAUUUUGUUUUAUUUAAAUGAGACAAAGCAAAAAUUGAAAUAUUUGUUUGGUGGUCAUUAGCUUACGGCUGAAUAACAUGAUCUAUCAGAAUAAAUUUAAAUUUUUAUUCAAUAAGAAAACAAAAUGGAUUAAUAUAUAAAUGAAAUAAGAAAAAUCUUAAAACUUAAAAUUAAAUAUUUUGAAAAUCUAAAUUAAUAAAUUAAAGAUAAAAAAAUAUCAUAAUUCAUGAAGUCUCUAAUUUUAAUAACUAAUGAAUUAAUAAAUUUUAAAAAUGUUUUAUAAAAUGAAUAUGAAAAUUAUCAAAGCAAAAGAUUAUUAUCAUUAUAAAUUUUUUAUGAGGCAGAAAUAUUUAGAAAUAUUUUAGAAGCAUUUAAAUUUCACAAUUAAGCAUCCCUUUCAGAUGAACAAUUAUCAAUAACAAAUUAAAAUUAUAAUGUUAAAUUUUAUUCUAAUUUAAUAAGUUAUAUAAUUGUAGAGAUAGAUGAUGAAUUAUAAGGAGCAGAAAUCCUAAGUUUUUCAUCAAAUUUAAGAUAACUGAUUGAAUUUAGUUCAAAUGAUGAAAUAAGCUUUAAUUCUUUGUUUUUACCUUUUAUAUCAAGAGAACAUCCUUUAUUAAUAUCAAGAUUUUUCAAAUUUGGUUAAUCGAAAUUUUACAAAUAAUUCAAUUAAACUUUUGUGAAAACUAAAAAAAAUUUAGCAAAACCUAUAAUUUUUAGUUUUGAUAAUGUUGUUUAAAUAGAAUAUGAAAAAGUUGUACUUAUCGGAAUAUUAUAAGAAAUUGAAAUAUAAAACCCAUAUAUCAUGGUAGAUGUAAACCAAACUGUUGGAGGAAUAACUAAGUCAUUUUUUUCUACAUUAGGUUAUACUCAAACUUGCAUAGAUAAUAUCUCUGAUUUUUCUCUUUUUUAUAAAAUUAAAAUAGCAUAAAUUUUUCCUAAUUUUAAUGAUUUAAUCUAAAAGGAGAAUUAAUAAUAAAUUUUUAAGUACAGUAACGUUGAUACAUUCUUUAUUGAUUUAUAGUUAUUUUUUAAUGAAUUGUAAAUUGAAAAUGAAAAUUUAGAUUCAACUGAUAAAUAAGCAUAAUUUUUGGUCAGAAUGUGGGAUAACCAUUUAAAAACGUAUUAAUCAAGUAUUACCAUUCAAGCCCAUGAAAUCUAUGGCUACUAUUAUUAUAUAAUAUAAAUGGAUUCUUUAGUUUAAGCUUAAAAAUGUAUGAUAAAUUAUAAAAGUUAAGAAAAAGUUAGUGAAUAUCAAAGAAAUACUGAAUAAUCAUAAAGUUUUGAAAUCAGUUAGUUAAAUUUAUCAAUAGAAGAAGCUAUGCCUAGAUUAAUUAACUAAUUUACUAUAAAGAAUCGGGAAUGUUAUUCACAAAAUUUACAAAAGUCAAGCCAAAUAAUCAAUUUAUUUGCAGUUUAAGAAGUUGAAUAAGAAGAAGCUUAUUUAAAGCUAGAUUAGCUGUAAUUAAUGUUAUCACCAAAUAAAAGUACAAGUCAAUUAAUUGAUAAACAACAAAAUAAAUAAUUAAAUUAAUAAUCAUAAUCAUAAUAAGAUUACUAUACUGUGAACACAUAUUAAAAAUAAAAUAAAGUACAUAAUAGUAUAGAUAAUGAAGACUUCAAUAUUAAAGGGGAUUAAAAAUUAAUUGAAAAUUUAUUAAAAAAUUCUUUAAGGUCGACAGAAUUAGGAAGAAAUAGUGAAGUCAUUAGAAAAUAUGAAUUAUUGAGGAACUUAACAAAAACUAAAACUCCAAAGAUUUUAAAAAUUGCACUUGCUACUUUUAUUAUAUUUAUAAUGACUUAAACUAUAAGUUUAUCUUUAGUUAUAUCAAUUCUUCAUAAUGAUAUUUAUUAGUUUAUAUCAGACAUAGAGAUUAUUGCUUUACAUGCAAGUAUACAAGGACCUCAUGAUUUAUUUUUUUCUAUGAGAAACACAAUCACUUCAUAUUAACAAAUGUCAAAAGAUGGUUUCAUUCCUUCUAAUUUAGUAACCAAUUUAACUGAACCUUAUUAUUUAAAUAUUUAAUAUGGAUACUAUGAAUUGAGGGAUAGUUUUUAUAAGUAAUUGAAUAACGAUUAUCUUAAAAUGUUUUUAGACGAAGAGCAAAUCACAUUAUUAUUUAUGAAAAAUAAUGAUACAGAAAAUUACGCGAUGGAAUCUAAAUCAUUUAGAGAAUGCUUAUUGAUAAUUUUGCAAUACUAAUUUGCAUAGAUGAAAACAUUUUAAAAAAGGUAAAGUACUGCUGGUUAACCUUAUCAAGUAUUUCUAUUUUCAAACUAUUAUAAUAUUCAAGAUAAACUAGAAAUUAUCACAAAUGAUAUUUUAUCAUUUUCUAAAAAUAGAAGUAGAAACAUUGGAAUCAAAUGGUAAAUCAUUUGUAUUAUUUUUGCUUUAAUUGUUAUUUUCAUUACUAUUUCCCUGAUGUUUGAACUUCAUCAAUAUUAUAAAUUAUAUGAUAGAUUUUUGUACUUAUUAAAUUUUGUUGAUAAAUAAAAAGUCUAAUUGGAAAUAGAAAAGCUAAGUUAACUAUAAAAAUAAAUUGUGAUCAAUUAGGAAUCCAUUUACUCUUACUAAUUUGAUCUUUCACGUUUUGAAUAGUUAAUGUAAAAUUAUGUUACUGUAAAUAAGAUUUAAAAUAGUAAGAAAUCUGUUGAAAAUAUUUAAUCAAUCAAAAUUACAAGAAGAAACAUUUUUAUAUUCUUAAUAAUUGUCGCUUGCAUUUUUUAAGUAUAUAUAAUAGUUACUUAAAUUAAAACUAAUGAAUAUAUUAAUAAAUAUGAUGAUACUGCAGAUUUUUAUUUUAUGAUAUAAAAUUUAAAAUUUAGAAGUGGUUCAAUGUAUAUGUAUAGAGAGCAUUUGCUAAGAUGGUAGAACUUAAAAUAUUUAACUUCUUUUGAUUUACAUAGAGCAUACUAAUUAAUAGUUAAAGCAUAAUUAAACAUUUAAGAAUAUUUAGAUUUUGUAAGUUCCUUUUAAAGAACUAAAUAUUUAUUAUCCGAUGACUUUAUUUCCUUUUUUUAAUAUUAAUAGACAAAUGAUCUAUGCUAAUUUAUUGACUAAGUAAAAUAAUUUUUUAAUAUAUGUAGAUUUAUUUAGAUUUUAUGUCUUUAUAUUGUGAAAAAUCAUUAGAUGGUCUAUUGAAAACAGGCUCUAUUUCAGUUCUGAAUUUUAUGUCAAAUCAAAUUAAAAAUCAACAAGCUGUCAAUAAUUUUACAAAAAGAGCAGAAGUAAAUCUUUACGAGAUGGAAGGAUCAUAAAUAGUUUUGAGAUCAUUUUUUAAAAUUUCUGAUGAAUUUUAGAUCGGAAUGAAAUAAAUCACUACAGAACAAAACUAAUUUACUCUCAUAGUUUCUAUUAUAUUUAUUUUAUAUUUAACUCUUUUCUUAUUGAUUAUUGUUUUUGUAAUCAAGAAUCUAUUAGUAAAGGAGUAUGCAUUAUUGAGAAGAAUAGUAUAUAUGAUUCCUCAAUAGAUUGUUUUGGGAGAUGAGACUUUUGAAAGAUUUCUUAAAUAGUUAGCCCUAACUUAAGAAUUAAAAUGA